AUGAGCAAUCAGUGGGUUAUCACUUUAAUGGUCGGCUUCUUGGCUUUAUCUAAAGCUACCUGUAUUUCUAAGAAAUAUACAAGGAAACUCGAAUUUAAUGAUAAGAAGUCAAACUUUGACCUUGUCGGGGAACACAAUGCUCAUUCCUUGAUCGAGUGCGCCACAAUCUGUCAAAAGGAGUGCAGCGUCUUUGGCUUUAACUCUCAAACAAAGAAAUGCCGUAUCCACAAGGAAAGUCUGACAUCUGGGUUGUCUGAUGAGGCCGGUUGGAGAUACUACUCGGAUAACGAUUUUUCUAGCAUGCCCAAAGAUUGUAAGGAUCUCCGAGAAAAUGGACAAACCAUCACAGGGGUGUAUGAUAUAUACCCCUACAGUACAUUAUCAGUACCAAUAAGUGUGUACUGCGAUAUGACCACAAUGGACGGUGGCUGGACGGCAAUUCAGAAACGCGUAGACGGAUCCGUAAUCUUUGACAGGAACUGGAGGGAUUAUAAGAAUGGAUUUGGUUCUCCAGAACAGGAUGUCUGGAUUGGAAAUGACGUAAUCCAUCAAUUAACGAAAGAAAACUCAUUCCUGUAUGUGUCCAUCACUCUCCAGAAUGGUACAACGCUGUAUGAAAUGUACGAUCGAUUCUCUGUCUCCGACGAAGCAGGAAAAUAUCAACUCUUCCUUGCAGGACCUGCAACGGGAACCUUAGGAGACAGUAUGUUGGACACCCCUAGUUCUGGGGGAGAUCUGUCUGGGAUGUUCUUCAGUACCCCGGACAGGGAUAACGACAGAGCUGGAGAUAACUGUGCUGCUGACAGUAACCGUAGAGGAGGCUGGUGGUUUAACAGAUGUCACCGAGCCUUCCUUAACGGUCAAUGGUCCCCGGAGACUUGGUACAGACCAUGGUAUCCCACAAUACAGUACGGGACAUCAGUGAAGGGGACCACCAUGAUGGUCAGACGUCACUAG